AUGACAAAUAUUUUCAUACUUCUGGUCAUUACUCUUGCCGCUGCGCGUGAGUAUUUAGCUCCAAAUCGUAUACCCAAAUGGAAGACAGAUGAUCCAAACUAUGGACCUGACUUUGGACAACCAGAGCAAAUUCAUCUCUCAAUAGGAGAAAAUCCGAAUGAAAUGGUUGUAACUUGGCUAACAUUUGACGACACAGGGAAAUCACUGGUCAAUUAUGGGACUUCAGACAAUAAGAAACUCACCGAGGUGAGCACCAAAAAUAUCUGUUGUAUUGUUUUUGUUCUAGACCUCCUUUGACU